AUUACCACUUUAAAGUGGGGUGUUAAAUUGGUUGCUUGGGGUGCCAAAUUUAACACCAUGAAUCAUUUUCAAUACAAAAUUUAAAUACUAGGAUUGGUACAAUAAGCCUGGGUUAGUUUUGAUGUCCUCUGUUCUAAAACUGAAACGGGCAAGCGUUGUCUCCCGCUUCUUUUGCGUAGUCUCUUUACACACACAAACACAAAUCACAGAAAUCACCAAAACCAAGUUAAACUCACCCACACACCAAACUCUUCACUGUCUCCUUGAUCAAUGUUCCUCAUUGAGACAACUCAAGCUUCUCCAUGCCCAAAUCAUCCUCCAUGGACUCACUGGCCAGAUUCUCACACUUGGCAAGCUUCUCUCCUUCUGCGUUCACCUGGGUGAUCUCCGUUACGCCCACCUCCUGUUUGAUCAAACUCCCCAACCAAAUAAGUUCAUGUACAACCAUUUAAUAAGGGGUUAUUCAAAUAGUGAUGACCCAAACAAGUCAUUGUUGCUCUACCGCAAAAUGGUUUGUGCUGGCAUUAUGCCAAACCAGUUCACCAUCCUCUUUGUUCUCAAAGCUUGUUCUGCCAAACCCUCUUGUUGGGAUGUUGCUGUUGUUCAUGCUCAAGCUAUUAAGCUAGGAAUGGGGUCUCACGUCUGUGUGCAAAAUGCUUUCUUGAGUCUCUAUGUUGCUUGUCGUUUGAUCCGAAGUGCGCGCCAAGUGUUUGAUGAUAUUUCUGACCGGACGCUAGUCUCGUGGAAUUCCAUGAUUGUUGGGUAUUCUAAAAUGGGUUUUUCCAAAGAAGCCAUUUUGUUGUUUAAAGAAAUGCAAUACCUUGGAGUGGAGGCUGAUAUGUUCACCUUGGUUGGCUUGCUUUCUGUUGCUUUGAGGCAUGGUAAUUUGGAUUUGGGAAGAUUUGUGCAUCUUUAUAUUGUUGUUGCCGAAAUUGAAAUUGAUUCAAUCGUGACUAAUGCCCUCAUAGAUAUGUAUGCCAAGUGCGGGCAUUUGCAAUAUGCUGAAACUGUUUUUGAUCGAAUGCUUGAUAGAAAUGUAGUUUCUUGGACUUGCAUGAUAAAUGCUUAUGCUAAUCAUGGGCUUAUUGAUCAUGCUCUGGAAAUUUUUGAUCAGAUGCCAGUGAAAAAUGCGGUUUCUUGGAAUUCAAUAAUUUCGUGCCAUGUUCAAGAAGGACAACACGCAGAAGCAAUGGAACUUUUCUGCAGGAUGUGUGUUUCAGGAGUGAUGCCUGACAAUGCCACUCUUGUUAGCAUUCUUUCCUCCUGUAGUCACAUGGGUGAUCUGGCAUUGGGAAAAAAAGCUCACGAUUACAUUUGUGACAACAAUAUUACAGUGAGUGUCACACUUUGUAACUCUCUAAUGAACAUGUAUGCGAAAUGUGGUGCUCUUCAGACUGCUAUGGACAUCUUCUUUGGAAUGCCUCAGAAGAAUGUGGUGUCAUGGAAUGUUAUUAUUGGGGCACUUGCUCUUCAUGGUUCUGGAAAAGAAGCUAUUGAGAUGUUUGAAAAGAUGCGAGCAAGUGGACUCUUUCCUGAUGAGAUCACAUUCACAGGGUUACUUUCUGCUUGUAGUCACAGUGGUCUUGUGGAAAUGGGGAGAUAUUACUUUGGCUUAAUGAGUUCAACUUUUGGGAUUUCACCUGAUGUUGCUCAUUAUGCAUGCAUGGUUGAUCUUUUAGGGCGCGGGGGAUUCUUAGGAGAAGCAAUGUCCCUGAUACAAAAGUUGCCCAUGAAACCGGAUGCUGUUGUAUGGGGUGCUUUACUUGGUGCUUGCAAAACCUAUGGGAAUCUAGAGAUGGGCAAGCAAAUCUUGAAGCAGUUGUUGGAGCUGGGACGAUAUGAUUCCGGGCUUUAUGUGCUUCUCUCAAACAUGUAUUCAGAAUCUCAAAGAUGGGAUGACAUGAAAAAAAUCAGGAAAAUAAUGAAUGACAGUGGGAUAAAAAAGUGCAGGGCAAUUAGCUCCAUUGAAAUUGAUGGUUGUUGCUAUCAAUUUAUGGUGGAUGACAAAAAUCAUGAAGUUUCAACCAGUAUAUACUCCAUGGUGGAUCAACUAAUGGAUCAUUUGAAAUCUGUAGGCUAUCCAUGUAAACAUUCAGAUGUUGAGGAUAUGUACUAGUCUAAUAUUUAGCUUAGCAUGAGGUUGUUCUAGUUUAAACAGAUGUUUCAUAUUUGAGUCUUUAACUUUGUUAAGUACUCAUAUUGUUUUGUUUUUCACAAAAUCUAAUUUUCAAAUAGUUGUAUAAUUUCAAAAGUAAA